GCGAGACUUGGACGAGGGUGAGGCUAGAGCGUCGCCCGGUAAAUGCCACCGAUGGCCUGCGCUUUAGCGCGCCAGUCUUACCACCGAGACGCGCAGGGGUGUGCGUAGAGCGGCCCCAUUAUAGCCGUGCUCUCUAGCGGACGAGGGAAAGAGUCUCUAUAGCUCCGACUGUCGGGUCCCCCGCCGAGGGGGGAUCGGAGCGAUCGGAAGUGACCGGAAGUAAUCGGUGCUGAGGCGGAAGUUGAAGGGGACGGGGUUGCUAUGGUUGCUGCGUGGGUCUAAGGGACCCCCCCUCCCCCCAGACAAUUCAGGCUGAGGCCCCAGUAUUUUAAGUUGCUGGCAAGAUGACUCAGGCAGAAAUUAAACUCUGUUCCCUCCUGCUGCAAGAACAUUUUGGCGAGAUUGUGGAAAAGAUAGGGACUCAUCUUAUCAAGACAGGCAGCCAGCCGCUGAGAGUGAUUGCCAACGACACAGGGAUGUCACUAGAUCAGGUUAAGAAAGCUCUCUGUGUCCUCAUUCAACACAACCUGGUGACCUACCAGCUGCAGAAGCGAGGCUUUGUGGAGUACGAAGCUUCAUGCAGUCGGGUGCUGAGGAUCCUCCGGUAUCCACAUUACAUCUACACUGCCAAGACCCUCUACAGCGACAUGGGCGAGCUGAUCGUGGAGGAGCUGCUGCUGAAUGGCAAAAUGACCAUGAGUGCUGUGGUGCGAAAGGUUGCGAACAGGCUGACGGAAACUAUGGAGGAUGGGAAAACCAUGGACUAUGGUGAAGUCUCCAACACAUUUGUGCGCCUAGCGGACACGCACUUCAUUCAGAGAUGCCCAAUGGCCCCUGAAACUACUGAGACUUCGGAUGCGCCACCACCUCCUGUGCCCACUUUGGCGGUUAAUGAGAAGGACAUGUACGUGGUCCCCAACCUGAAUCUCAUAGGGAAAGGGAAAAGGAGAAGAUCAUUUGACGAUGAAGAUAACGGUGAACACAAGGCAAAAAGGCAGAAACACGAUGCAGACAGCAAAGAGCCCCCGCCCGAUGACGGCAUUUAUUGGCAAGCCAACAUCGAUCGGUUCCACCAGCACUUCCGAGACCAAGCCAUAGUCAGCGCCGUGGCCAACAGGAUGGACCAGACCUGCAGUGAAAUAGUGCGGACUAUGCUGAGGAUGAGUGAAAUUACUACAUCUUCCAAUGCACCUUAUACGCAGCCACUGUCUUCCAACGAGAUAUUCAGAUCUCUUCCAGCAGGAUACAACAUUGUGAAACAAAUUCUGGAUCAGUAUCUCACUUUGCUAGCUGAUGAUCCGCUGGAGUUUGUUGGUAAAUCCGGGGACAGUGGGGGCGGCAUGUAUGUCAUCAAUCUCCACAAGGCCCUUGCGACUUUGGCAACAGCAACUCUGGAAUCCAUCGUACAGGAGAGAUUUGGUUCCCGUUGCGCGAGGAUAUUCCGGCUGCUUCUGCGGAAGAAGCAUUUGGAACAGAAACAAGUGGAAGAUUUUGCCAUGAUUCCCGCCAAGGAGGCAAAGGAUAUGCUGUAUAAAAUGUUGUCCGAGAACUUUGUGUCCUUACAGGAGAUUCCGAAGACUCCCGACCACGCCCCCUCCAGGACCUUCUAUCUGUACACAGUGAACACGCUGUCCUCUGCGCGGAUGCUGCUGCACCGGUGUUAUAAGAGUGUGGCCAACCUGAUUGAAAGGCGACAGUACGAAACCAAGGAGAACAAGCGCCUGCUGGAGAAGUCUCAGCGGGUGGAGGCCAUCCUAGCAUCCAUGCAGGCCACAGGUGCCGAGGAGGUGCAGCUGCAGGAGAUCGAGGAGAUGAUCACAGCCCCGGAGCGCCAGCAGCUGGAGAACCUCAAACGCAACGUCAACAAGAUCGACGCCAGCGAGAAUCAAGUCGACGAAACCAUCUUUGUGCUGGAGUCGUACAUCGAAAGCACAGUGAAGAAGCUGUGAGGGCACCCCCUGCUGGCAGGCUGCGUCCCUUUCACCACGCCCAUCAUGGCACUCUGGGUGGCACUGUCUGCUUCCUGCGCGGGGGGAGUUUUCAGACAGCUGUUCUGAGUUUUUAUUUAUUUUUACUGUAUGUUUAACAGUGAUUGGAGGGGAAAUAAAAUGCUGACUGUUCUGAUUA